AUGCCAUAUUUCAGUCAAAAAUUCAAUUUGAUUCAAUUUGCAGAAGUGACAAGCGCAUGUAUCCACUUACCACAGAGAAAUUUAGAAAUUUCAAAAAACUUUCAAUAUCAACCUCAACUCAUCCCAUCAGAUCCCCCAUCCAACCUCAUCCUCUUCAUCCCCCAUUUCUUUAAACCCUCUUCACCUUUACCUUUCUCUCAUUAUCUUGAUCGUCUUCUCUGUGACGUCCGCACUACCUCUUCUACCACUCCAUCCCUUCAACUCAUAGUCCCCAUGGGUUCCAAAUCUAAGACUGCCGCUCCAGUCGACAAGAAGGCCACUUCGUCGUCGCAGCCUUCUUCAAAAGUCAAGCCUUCAGCUCCAAAGGUAGUCCCUACACCAAUCAAGGAGAAGAAAGAAAAACUUGAUAAGAAAUCGAAAUCGAAAUCUAAGGACGCUACGAAAGAAAACACACCAUCCAAGAAGGAAACGACCAAAGACAAGAAGGCAUUUGGAGAGCCACUGAAGACUAAAUCUGCUUCACCUUCCAAGCCUGCUGCUCUCUCUGAAUCCGGUAAAAAGUCAAAGUCAAGCAAAUCUACCAACGGGGCCAAAGCCAAACCUUCCAAAAAGCCUGUCUCCGAAUCCGAUUCUGACAGUGAUGAUUCCGACUCCAGCGAACCGGAAGAGAAGUCAAAGGCUUCGACCGUUAAACCCGUCAAGGCCGCCAAAGCAUCUGAUUCUGACAGCGACUCAGAUGACAGUGAUGAUGAUUCCGAGGUUCCUGCUGCAAAGCCUGCGCCUGCAGCACUGAAUGGUAACAAGACCAAGGCUUCAACCAAGGCCGCCGAGUCAUCCGAAGACUCCGACGACUCUGACUCCAGUGAAGAUGAGGAUGCAAAGGCUGCACCAACCAAGGCAAAUGCUGCUUCUGCCUCUACCAAGGCCGCCGCUAAAGAUGACUCUUCAGAUAGUGAUGACAGUGAUGACUCUGACGAAUCCGCACCGGCCAAGACCGCAGCUGCCCCUGCACCUGUUGUCGCCAAGGACGCUUCAUCGGGAUCUGAUUCAGAUUCUGGAAGCGAGUCCGAAUCCGAUACCGAAAUGUCGGACCCCAAGCCCGAAACACCAGUAGCUCAAAAUGGAAAGAACAAACGCAAAGGCGAUACCGAGGAUGGAUCUGCUAAGAAGGCGAAAACCGAUGACGCUUCAGGCGAUAUCAAGAAUCUCUUUGUUGGAGGUCUCUCAUGGAAUGUGGAUGAUGAUUGGUUAAAGAAAGAAUUCGAAAAAUUUGGGGAGGUGAUUUCUGCGCGGGUCAUCACCGAGCGAGGCACUGAGAGGAGUAAAGGUUUUGGAUACGUAGACUUCGCUUCUCCUGAAGAUGCACGGAAGGCAGUAGAGGCAAUGGCCGGAACUGAAAUCGACGGUCGCACGAUCAACGUUGACUUUUCAGCACCUAAACCAGAACGACCUCCUCAAGAGAAGCGCAGCUUUGGUCAAGAAGAACUUUCAGCCCCUACGACUACUCUGUUUAUUGGCAACCUACCCUUCAGUGCCACACAAGAUUCAGUCUAUGAGGCAUUUUCCGAGUAUGGGGAUAUCAAUUCCGUUCGAUUACCUACCGAUCCCGAGACCGAACGUAUCAAGGGUUUUGGUUACGUUGAAUUUGCUACUCAAGAAGCUGCUACAGCGGCUGUCAAUGUAGGUCGAGGUGACGGUAUUUACAUUGAUCAACGUCAGGCUCGACUAGACUACAGCCAGCCUCGAGCGCCAGGUGGUGACCGUGGUGGUCGCGGCGGGGGUAGAGGUGGAGGUCGUGGGUUUGGAGGCGGUCGCGGAGGAGGUGGACGUGGUGGAGGAUUUGGGGGCGGUCGAGGUGGAGGUGGCCGCGGAGGAGGUUUCGGGGGUGGUCGAGGUGGAGGUGGACGCGGUGGAGGCCGUGGUGGAGGCGACAGUGGAUGGGGUGCCCGUGCCAAAGUGACAGGUGCUAUGGUCGAAUCGGCUGGAACGAAGAAAAAAUUCUGAAGGAAGAAAGAACAGUGUAGGUAUCUCCUCUUCAAUACCUCAAUACCUUUUAUUCUUUCUUCCAUUCUUUCCUGCCUCGGUCAUAUGGUCAUGAUGCGAUUCGAACUCUCAAUCCCGAGGGGUAAUGGCUCGUCAUCAGCCUGCCAAAAUCGUGUUCACUCUACGCGUCUCUUCUUCUACGGGUUUCUUUCUGGGUUACAUUCUAUAUCUGUUCUGUUUCUAGAGGCUACACCGGUCCGAUCUUAAGGACCGUUUGGAUUAGCAAAUACAAAAUAUCUGAGGCUCAUUUGAGCUUUCAUAAUACAUGAUGAUAAAAAAAAGUGAACGACUUCUUUUGACGGAUCUUUGUGGCGAAUGGUCAUUCUUUUCUGUUACUAUGUUUUUUGUGUAUCAUCGUCAUUGCAGUCGGUUUAUGGUAUCAUGGUUGAGAAUCAUUUGUGGUUGGAUGUGUCCCAUUGAGCUUUAGAUGUACGUCGUGAAGGCUUUUGAAUGCUCUGAAAAUGUGAAUAAAGUGGGAUUUCAGUC